AUGGCAAUACUGACCCUAAGACUCAUCAUUUCUAGCCUCCCCGAGCUCAUUAUCUGGAACACCCUGCACCAUUUUUUAAUGGUAGUAGUUGCAGGACUAAUUGUCCUAUAUCUUAAAUACAAAAGAAAAGUCCCCAUUUAUUUACUAGACUUUGCUUGCUACAAACCUCCCAACUCUUAUAGGCUACCCAAGUCAAUGUUCCUAGAGGCUGUCUUUCUUAAUAACAUGGAUCCUGACAGCAUUGCUUUCCAGAUCAAAAUCUUAGAAAAAUCAGGGUUCAGUGAGGAAACUUGCAUUCCUCCUUCACUUGCUCGAGUACCAAUUAGAAAAUCUCUCCCACUUGCCGUGGAAGAGGUUGUGACAGUUAUCUUUUCUGUGGUCUCGGACUUGUUUAAGAAAAACAGUAUCAACCCCAAAGCUAUUGACAUUGUAAUCUCUAACGCUAGUAUGUUUUGUCCUACACCAUCUCUCAGCUCUAUGAUAAUUAAUAAGUUCAGAAUGAGAAGCAAUGUCAUGAGCUUCCAUCUCUCUGGCAUGGGAUGUAGUGCUGGAAUCAUAUCUGUGGGGCUAGCUAAAGACUUGUUGAGAGUGCACUGUAACUCUUUGGCUCUAAUUGUCAGCACAGAGAGCCUACACUUGAAUUGGUACACUGGCAAAAACCCACCCAUGUUGUUAACCAAUUGUCUCUUUCGAAUGGGAGGUGCAGCUAUAUUACUAUCUAGCCGUAAAGAAGACAAGAGCAAGGCAAAGUAUGAGCUACAACACCUUGUUCGAACAAACAAAGCACAAGAUGAUGUAUCCCAUGCUUGUGUCUAUCAGGAUGUGGACUCUGAGAACAAGGUUGGGGUAUCUAUAUCAAAGGGUAUACUACAUGUGGCUGGAGCUGCAUUGAAAGCAAAUAUUGCUGCACUAGGACCAUUGGUUUUGCCAUUCAAAGAGAAACUUAGAUAUGGGUGUUCCAUAAUAUGCCACAAGAUGUGGCCUACAAGGAGAACAAGCAUUUACAUACCUGAUUUCAAGAAGGCUUUUGAGCAUUUCUGUAUACAUGCAGGAGGGAAAGCUGUUAUUCAAGCAAUUGAAAAGAAUCUACACCUGAGAAAACAAGAUGUUGAGCCCUCAAAGAUGACUCUUUAUAAAUUUGGAAAUACUUCAUCUUCUUCAAUUUGGUAUGAACUCGCUUACAUAGAAGCAAAAGGGAGGAUGAAAAGGGGGGAUAGGGUCUGGCAAAUUGCCUUUGGGAGUGGGUUUAAGUGUAAUAGCGCAGCGUGGAAGUGUGUUUAUGAUUCAAAGUUUGAGAUAGCCAAUGCAUGGAGUGAUAUCUCCACUUAUCCAGUAGAAGCACCUGAUUUUGUAAAAAUUAGUGAGUGA